CGUACACGUCGUAUCCUGGAAUCUGCAUAGGAAUUAAUCGCUGCUGCAAUGACUGCAGUUUCGUUUUCUAAGCCCCCGCACCUUUUGCCAUUAUGGAUUGGCUCUACCUCUUACUCCUUCCAUCGGCAACAGGCAAUACAUGUACCUCUCCAACGGCCAUGCCUGGCCCUCGACGGAGGCCAAGGGGUCAGAAGAUCAUCAGUAGCGGGGGCGAAUGGCGUCGUUUUCCUCUUGUUGGAUGUCCCGUGCUCGAGCCACAAAUCUCUGAACUCACUAUAGCUCGGUCCAUCAGCCGCUCCCAGUCGCAUCGUCCUCUAUCUCCAGGUUUCCUACAUCAACAACCACACGACAUGCCCAUGCACACUGCCCGCGACAUCAUCGGCCUCAGAGAAUUCAGUCAGCAGAGCUCAGUUGAAGAGGAAAGGCGGGUUGGUAUGGGGGGUCGAGAGAUAGCGGCUUGCCUUUCAGAUGUGGAGACGAUGGUCAGGAUCCCCCUUUCCACGUCGUGUUGCUGCAAUCCACGCGUAUUCCUAUGGUACCCGUGUUCACCAGUAUGAGCCCCACCCCCACCGUGACCAAACAAGGAUGCAUCAAUUCCCGCCAUUCGAUUAUGUCUUUUGCAUAUCAUUCAUUGCCAGCCGAUGUUCUCAAGCGAUGAGAUUCAGCUCGCCGGGCUCAUGCCGCGUAUAAUUAUCGAUUACCUAUCAAAGGCGU